UCUACAUAAUGCGUGGAUAAUAGCGGGUGUAAAGUGGAUUUGAACUUGCAGCCAGUGUUGAGAGGAGGACGAAGAGGUCGGACCGGCAGACAGCUGCUGCAGAGAGAGAGAGAGAGAGAGAGAGAGACUGUGCGGGUUGAGCUGUGGGACUCUGCGGGAAAGUUUGAGGUGAUAAACGGACCACAGUCAUCUGGAUUUUCGGACCUUUUCUGUCUUUUUUUUUAAGAUUCACAAGAUCGUGUCGACAUGAUUCCACACGUCCUCACACACCUGCUCUGCCUGCUGUGUGUGUGUUCAGCUCGGCCUCCAUCAGGAUCCUGUUUUCCAGCUCCUCCUGGCUCCACCGGGCCGCAGAAGAACUCUCCUGCGUCCGGCUCUCUGGCGGGGCGGGUGGUGCUGCCGUGCCACUUCCCCAUCACGCCCGACUCUACACGCGCUCCCUCGCACGCCACUCUGCCUCCCACCACCGUGCCUCCUCGCUCCACAUCCAACCCCGAGGACGAGGUGAGGAUCAAGUGGAUGAAGCUGGAGGAGGCGGGGGGGGAGAAGGUGGUGCUGGUGGCGCAGGGCGGCGUGGUGAAGGUGGGGAAGGAGUUCCAGAGCCGGGUGUCGGUGCCGAGUCACCCGCUGUCGGUGGGAGACGCCUCCCUCAUCAUGGUGCGGCUGAGGGCGAGCGACGCCGGGCUGUACCGCUGCGAGGUGAUGCACGGGAUGGAGGACAUGCAGGACACCGUCAGCCUCAGCGUCGCUGGUGAGUAAAACAAACGCACCCCGCCAACGAGUCCAAUUAAGAGUCUGUGUGUGCCGAGUCUACAAACGUGUGAGACUAGAUUUCUCACUUCCUGUUUGUGACGAUGUUUCACCUCAGAGGUGUCACAUUGUUUUAUUAUCAUCAUUUAUUGAUCUAAAUUUAAAGAAAAGAACAAAAUGGCCGCCUCAGACUUUUUAGAGAUGAUAAUGAGGAAGUUUAAAAAGAAGAUCAAACAAAUGAAACGAUAUUUAAAGGUACAGUACGUUUACAGUGAAGCCGCUUAAAUCAUCAAUAAAACAUGAAGGAAAUAAAGCUUAGGCUGGUUUCACAUCAGGGACCCGGGGCCCCGGAUCCGAGUACGCUUGACCCCAAAGUCCGGCUCGUGAUCAGUGUGGACACAAACGUACAAACGUGUGGUACGAUGUCAUGUGAACUCGAGUACGGUCCGCUGGAGAUGUGAACGCAACAAUGCUCAAACGAGGAAGUGGACCGCCUCUUCAUUAAGCAACUUUUCAGGUUAUAUUUUUCAGAUUACCCAAUCAGGAAGCAGAUCUGCAGGUCAACCAGCUGGUUGCCUGUUCAGGGUUACUUUGGACAUGAAUGGAUUUCUUUCAUAUUUAACAUCACAGAGAGAAGAACUUGUUAAAAUAAAAUAUAAUUUAUUCAACAAACUGAAUGAGUAGAAAUGGUUAGAAAAGGUGAACAAAAUAAGAAAUAAGUGACUUGAGCGAGGCCGUGUGCGUAGACCGGCAACUCAAC